GUGGCUCCACUUGUACGAUCGACGACGUUUAGGAGUGUUCCUUCUUUCCAUUUCUACAGGGGCAACCCUGAAGGCACUCUGUAGAACAUGGAGCACCAUACUCGUUGAAGAAUGCUGCAUUUGUUUCCAAAGUUCUCCAAGGGUUUGACCCAACAUUUCACUGCAGUGUCAACUCUGGCAGUCUGACUUUUGAGUUGAGGGACAUACCGAGAUGGGAACUAUCCACCGCAGUGGAGUUCUGAAGAAAUCAAAUGACAGUGCCAGACUUAUUAUCACAACAAUUCUGGGAGUAGUCUUUGGAUUUUUUGUUGGUAUUUCAUUCCCAUCUGUUUCAGUUACUAAGCUUAACUUCCAUGCGGCCAUUGUUAAUGAUAGAAGCAAAUCAUCUGAAUCUCACAGACCAAAUGAUAUUCCAAAGAUAUAUGUUCCAGAGAAUCCUCGUGGUGCAGAGUCAUUGCCUCCUGGGAUUGUUGUGUCUGAGUCAGAUUUCUAUUUGCGAAGAUUAUGGGGAGAGCCCAAGGAGGACCUGAAAAGUAAGCCAAAGUACUUGGUUACAUUCACGGUUGGGUUUGAACAGAGGAAUAACAUUGAUGCAGCUGUUAAAAAGUUUUCUGAAGACUUCACAAUUUUGCUUUUUCACUAUGAUGGUCGGACAAGUGAAUGGGAUCAAUUUGAGUGGUCACGGCGUGCGAUUCAUGUGAGCGCAAAGAGGCAAACAAAAUGGUGGUAUGCAAAGCGAUUUUUGCAUCCAGAUGUUGUGGCAGCUUAUGAUUACAUUUUUAUCUGGGAUGAAGAUCUUGGUGUUCAGCACUUCAAUGCAGAGAAGUACCUUAAUUUGGUAAAGAAACAUGGCUUGGAGAUCUCUCAACCUGGACUUGAGCCCAAUAAUGGACUUACUUGGCAGAUGACUAAGAGGAGAGGUGACAGUGAAGUUCACAAGGAAACCUUAGAGAAACCAGGCUGGUGUAGUGACCCACAUCUUCCUCCAUGUGCAGCGUUUGUGGAAAUUAUGGCCCCUGUAUUUUCACGGCAAGCUUGGCGUUGCGUGUGGCAUAUGAUUCAGAAUGAUCUGGUACAUGGAUGGGGACUGGACUUUGCAUUAAGAAGAUGUGUGGAGCAGCCUGCACAUGAGAAGAUUGGUGUGGUUGAUUCACAAUGGAUUGUUCAUCAAGUGAUACCUUCCUUAGGGAGCCAGGGCCAGGCUGACGCAGGGAAAGCACCAUGGGAAGGGGUAAGAGAGAGGUGCAGAAAAGAGUGGGCGUUGUUUCAAAAUCGCCUUGCUAAUGCAGAUAAAGAAUACCUUGCACAGAUUCGGACAUGAUAAUUACCAGCGUCCUUUGUUCUGUACUUUUUCUCAUCUCUCACCCCUUGUUUAAUGCCUUCUGUAAUAUCUUCUCUUCCUUUAAAGGGUGUUAGUUUUUUAUUCUUUAAGUGAAGUUUUCUUCCUUAGUGUAGCUAGCCUUUUCCUUAGUUGAGAUACAUAAUUACUUGAAGGAAGAAAAUUCACUGUGUCCAUAAAACAAUACCUUAACAAUAGUUCUACAUACCUUUGUUUA